AUUCCACAUUGUUAGUAAUUGUCACACUGUUGCGGUUCCUAAACAAGAAAAGCCAAAUUGAGUGCCUUAGAAAUAACUAGAGAAAUCUGGUACAAAAUGUCACAAGCCGAGGUGUCAAGGGUUUUGAGGUUGAUGGAGAUGGAUUUGGUAACGAUGAAAGCUGUUGGUGGAGUGGAUAUGUUGAGUGAAAGGCUGAAGCAAGCUAUGUCGCUAUGGCAUGCCUUCCUGGAUACCAAGAAGGAGAAUGGGACAUGGGAAGGGGAAGGAUGGAUAUGGGGUAUAGAGUGGAGGAGGGAGAGGUUAGGUCGUGAAAAGGAUGAGGAGGAAGGUUUGUGGGCGAUGUUGGCGAGUGUAAAAUUAAGAAAAGGUGUGGUAGAUUUGUGGCAGUGGAGGUAUGCUGUAGAAGGCAGCUAUGUAGUAAACACAGCAUAUGAGUUUUUAGCUUCGGAGACUCCCUACAAGAUGGAAUUUGAGGAAGCGAGGGGAGGGGUGGUUUUACAAGGGGAUGGUAUGGUGUGUGGGCUAUGUAAAGAGGGUGUGGAAGAUGUUAACCAUCUGUUUUGCACUUGUAAAGCAGCGUGGUUAGCUUGGGCCAAAGUGGUUAAGUGGUGGGGUUUCGAGAUAGUCAUGCCGGCUACAGUGAGGGGUGUGAUGGACUUUUUCCUAUGGUGCUUGGGUAGUUUGGCGGGUAAGGAGAUGGGAGCAUGUAUUUUUUUGGUCACUUCUUGGUAUUUAUGGUAUUGGAGGAAUGUAUUGGUUUUUAGGAGUAAUGAGGAUUUGGGAGAUCAGUUGCUGGAGUUAAUUCAAGUGAAAUCCUAUUUCUGGAUUAGAAAUAAGGUAAAUGGGAGUGUUUUCUCAUUAGCUCAGUGGCAGAGUAAUCCUACAGAAUGUGCAAUGGAGCUGAAAAGCUACAAGAGAAGCCUCAAAGAGUUUCAUAAGAACCAGCAGCGAUAUCCUCCCAUAUAGCUUUCCUGGAUGCAUGGAUUUGGGGUGUCUUUAUGCUUUGUAUAGGAUUUCUGGUAUGAUUUUAUAUUGUUGGGAGUGUAAGGAUUUUUACUUUUUGUAGAAGGGCAGGAGUACCCCUUGUGCUCCGGUUAAUAAAUUAUUUUUGUUUUG